UGUCAAUGGUGUUUAUGUUUAGCUGUCAUCGUAGUGUCAUAAUUACAAGUGAAACAAUUUUAUCAUUUAUUAGUCAUGAUUACGUCGUUUAAAUCCAAAUAAUACUCUAAAAGCUAUAAAAACCUAAUCCCGUCCAGACGAAGAUGUCAAAAAUCGCUAAACUAUAGUGAAUCAUCAAAAAUGGGCACCAAAGACUUUAAAUAUGGUAUUUUCAUUCAGAACGAUCUGAUGACCGAAAUGAAGCAGGGGCAAAACCAACGGACAGCCCUUCUCGGUCAGAUCAUUAAGAUUGAAGCAACAUUGGGAAGCGGCAAAUACGCAGUACGUUUCCUCAAAGACGCCGAAACGUGGGAAUCCACCACUUUCGUGUGCCGUCAACAUAGCAUAGUACCCGUCAACGAAAAAUUGUGGCAGUUUUUGUAUGCUGUUACGUCCCCCCAGGAACGUGUCAAAUUGGCCAAAGACAAGGAACGCUGCGAGAAGCUUGCAAACAUUACAACUGACAUAACAAUUGGAUUUAAAGACACCGAUGGAGUUCACUUGGGACAAAUUAAAUUCCUUGGAGUUGUUCGCGGGAUCGGACACUGUGUCGGUAUCAAACUACACCAAAAGAAAAAAGACAACAAAUGUGAUGGUUCAUGUGCAGGAACUCAGUAUUUCAGUUGUUUGCCCGGGUAUGGGUUAUUUACGACAAUUGAUCGAAUUGUGAUACAAAACAGCCCCCUUAUCACAAACAAAAGUAGCGUAAAGAGUAGAAAUAAUACGGAUUUAGAUCUUUAUUUAGAAAAGAACGUUUCGAGUUUCAGUAAAUCUAAUCAUGAAGAAAUCGUUACGAAGUUUGGAGAGUAUCCUCAGGAAAACAUGCCCCCUAAAACUACGACUUACCUACGAAACUCGCUGUCUUUGCAAAAUAUCUUAGACACGGAAUGUACGAGUGGUAAUUCUAACAACGAUUUUGAUCAAAACACGAUCAUCCAACCAGACAAGUCCCAUUUAAUCAACGAAAAGAAAGCCAAAAUGAAGUCAGAGAUAAAUCUGAGCGAUAUGAUUGGCAAUUCGUGGCAUGGAGCAACCGAUACGAAAGAAUUACAAAAAUUUUCAAACCUGAAUCAAACUCUAGAAAGACCUGAAAAGAACGGUSAGAAAAACAAUCGGAACAAAAGCGCAAACAUUUUAUCGCAUUUCUACGACGGUACUUUACCCAAACGAAACAAAAUCAAUCAACCGUCGGCGAAAUUCUAUGACACCACUCCUCGAAUCAAGAACGGCUUCUCGACGAACCAGGAAGACGAGAAAAAAAUUAACGAAAAAAGUGAAAAGGCGUCCAACAUCCCUGAUAAACCCAAGUAUCAUACUCCCAAACCAGGAACUACCAAAGAUUUAACAGUCGGCAGUUUAGUUGAAGUCUCCAAUGACGUUAGCGAGGAGCCCCUUUACGGCGUCGUUAAGUGGUUAGGGGCUGAAGAGGACUCCAAUUUUGUGUUGGUGGGGGUGGAAUUGGAAGAAGAACACAACGACUUACCUUUAACCCUCACCGACGGGACACAUAACGGGGAAAGGUUCUUCAAAUGUGCUGAAAACAGGGCCCUUUUCGUACCACUUGAUCAGUGCCAUCAGGACUCUAGAUUUCAAGACGGAAUCCCUACGCCGGUGCACCAAGCCGCCGAACCCAACUUCCAAUCGAUGGAAUGUCCGGUGAUUGAGGGCACCGUGGCGCCUCUCUGUAUGCCCACUGAGGAGGACGUCGAAGCCGUCUGUGGCAAAUUCCGAGGUAUUCAAGGUCACCACAAUUCCUGCUACCUCGACGUCACCCUUUUCUCAAUGUUUACCUACACAGCAGUAUUUGACAGUUUGUUGUUUCGGCCGAAAGGUCCCAAAGACAUCCCCGAUUAUAACGAGGUACAACGAGUAUUACGUGAAGAAAUCGUGAAUCCACUUCGAAAAAAUUUAUUCGUUCGUGCUGACCGCGUGAUGAAUUUAAGACGCUUAUUGGAUCGUUUAAGUUCGGUGUCGGGUUUGACGAGUGAAGAGAAAGAUCCCGAGGAGUUUCUCAACUCACUUUUAGCCCAGAUACUUAAAGCUGAACCGUUUUUGAAGCUUAACUCGGGUCAGGAGUCGUUUUAUUAUCAGUUGUUUGUGGAGAAAGAUGCCGAUUUAACGUUACCAACAGUACAGCAAUUAUUUGAACAGAGCUUUCUCACAAGUAAUAUUAAACUGAAAGAAGUUCCAUCUUGUCUCAUCAUUCAGAUGCCGAGGUUUGGUAAAAAUUACAAAAUGUAUCCGAGGAUUCUACCGUCGCAGCUUCUAGAUGUGACUGAUGUUAUUGAAGGAUCUCCUCGUCAGUGUAUUGUUUGUGGCAAGCUCGCUCGCUGGGAGUGUCGUGAGUGCUUCGACGACUGCAGUAACGCCGGGCUGGAAAGUACCGCUUUCUGUUCUAUGUGUCUGGAAAAAGCUCACAGACAUGAACGAAGGUCACACCAUCGACCCGCCGUGAAAUUAGAUGUUUGUGAUGAUUUCUCUAUCCUCGAAGAUCACUGUCGUCCUCCUCGACUUUUCAUGGAACUGUUUGCUGUGAUUUGUAUUGAAACUUCCCAUUAUGUAGCUUUCGUCAAGUGCGGAGUAGGUCACGAGGCACCCUGGUGUUUUUUCGAUUCGAUGGCGGAUCGUAAAGGCGAAAAAAACGGAUAUAAUAUACCGGAAAUGGUCGCCUGUCCAGAUAUUUCUCGAUGGUUGUCGGAUGAAAGAAUCUGUCGCCAGCUACACGAAGACUUCCCCCAAGACCGCCACUUACCUGAACAUGCGCGCAGAUUGUUAUGUGACGCUUAUAUUUGCAUGUACCAAAGUUCUGAUGUCAUGAUGUACAGAUAGAUUUCUGUUUUCUUUACGACUGAUAUUUUAAGAAUAUUUAUUUCUGUUUAAUGUUGUCUAAAUUAUAGAAGUUUUCAUUUAAUUUGUUACGAAAACACUUAACAUGAUUUAAGAAAUAAAAAUGUAAAGCUUGUUAUAUUCAGUAUUGUUGUUAACUAUAUCACUUUGUUAUUCUUCUCGGAACUGUUGGAACUAUCAUGACAAUGUGCCUUGCCUGCUGAUCUAACAAUCUUCUGAUUCAAGUAUACGGCAUUUGAAAUGUAUGUCGGCUUCAUUUUUCACAAAUACAAAGUGAUAUGGGCAUUUAUUAAAUUUUAAAAGCGAUCCCGUUGGAUCGGUACGAUUUUUCCCUGUUGUUAAAUUAAAUAUAAAAUCGUACUGGCUCAUGUAACCCCAUCACAUAAAUAGUUCAACACUUAUUUAAAACUAUAAAAUAGAUUUAUCAAAUAUU